UAUUCCACAUCGUGUCCGCAUGUUUGAAUCAAUACUGAGGGUCACGUAAACUCAAAUUCAUAGCUUUUGUGAAAAAACAUCUGAUAAGACAUCAUUUAAUCACCAUUUAAUCAUAUGUUUCUUGACAUUCCGCCUUGAACACGUACAUUUUUAAUUCUUGAUUUCUGCUUCCGGCCGCGUCUGAUCCGCAAGUGAAUCGUCAAUAUGUCUGGCGCGAUGGGCGGGGACGACGCCCCGCUCACACAGGCGCUCGACUCGUUCGAUCAGCUGUCUCUGCGGCGGGACCGGGAGCGGCGCCGUGUCACUGAAGAGGAGAAUGCCGUGCGCUGCCUGGAGGAGCUGCUGGCCGAGAAGCAGCGAGAAACGCAGCAACUGGCGCGCGAGGCAGAGUCGCGGGCCGCGGAGCUGGCCGCCCUCGAGCGUCGCGUGCCGGCACUGGAGGACACACAUCACGGCGCCAGACGAUCGCUGCAGAUGCUGACUCAGAUGCGCGACCUGCUCAACAAACAGCUGGACUUUGAGAAGCGCAAAACGGAGGAGAUGCUUCAAAAGCUGGACGACGAGGUGAAGGAGGCGGCAGCGCGCUGGGAGCGGUACGAAACCGUCUACCUAACCAUGCCGGCCUACCAGCGGAAGCUGGAGAUGGACUCGCUGGCCGCCGAGGAGCGCGAGCUCCACGAGAGGAGGGAGCAGUUGGAGGCGGCGCUGAACUCGCGAGUGUCCGACCGCGACUUCUGUGUCCGUCUGGCCGAGUGCUGGAGACAGGCGCGGCUGCUGGAGGGGGCCAUCGCCGGCGCCGGCGGCGGCGGCGACCAGAGCCCCGAGAGGGAGAACAUGAGCGGCGCCUGCUCACAGGGCUUCGGCACACCGCGCUGCAGCCGCACGCCCAGCCCCGUGUACGAUAUGGAGACUGGCAACGAGUCGGGUGGCGCGGAGGAGACGGCCGAGCGAAGCGACGCGAGCGAAGACGAUCGGACUGCCGACGCCGCCUCCAUUCUGGCGGAGGGCGGGGACCGAUACCAGACCGAGGGAGAGCCCUCAGAGGCCGCUGCUAGUUGCUGGGAGGCAGGGAGUGAACAAGGAACGCCACAGAAGGGGCCUUCGCCGCCGCAGGAACCUGUAUCUCUGCCACAGGGAGCGGUGCGCCCGCCUACGCCAACCCAGCCGGGCGUGCCAAGUCCGCCCCGAGCCGGGGCGUCACCCCAGCGUCAGGCAGCUGAGCGGCAGACGCAGGUCCUCCCACAGGGCAGGUCGCGACCCACAGAGCCAGUCCAGCGGCCGCCGCCUCCCGCUGUCACCUCGCCGGCCCCACAUACACGGCCGUCCCCGGAGAAACCCCAGUGGAGCACGGAGCCGGUGCCCCCCGUCCGCCGGCAGAGCUCGUUCCUGAUCCAGCUGCCGAGUCUGUACAGACCGAGCAGGCCCCGCGCCGAUAGGCAGACAGACACCUCGACUGGCGGCCGCACGGCCAGUAAUACAUCGCCGGCUCGGUCUUCGAUCAACACCUCGACGGUGCACAGACCGCCCCAGGCCCCUUCGCCGUUACAGGCACCACAGCGACAACCGUCGCCUGCGACAGCGGCUACGGCUGAGGAUGUGGAGAUGACGGACGUACAGGAGGCACGGCCUGCUCCCGUCCGCCCCCCACCGGCUGGUCGGCCGCGGCCCGACCUCGCGGGUAGUAACCGCGGUGGGAACAGCGAGAGAGCGGUAUCACGAGACAGCUCUCCUAGCGAGUCUCCGUCCCCUCGCAAAACGGUGGCGAUGGAACAGCGACAGCAGCAGCAGUCGAGCAUGAUACCGGGGGAGCAGCGGCAACAGCCGCACAUAGCCGGACAACAGAAGCCGCCGCGCCCUGCAAUGGGGCAGCACCAACUCCAGCAAAUGCCGCGCAUUGCAAUGGGGCAACAACAACCCAAGCAACCGCCACACACAACAACAGAGCAGCAAGAGCAGCCCCAGCAACCGCCGAAUACAGCGGAGCAACAGCCCGUGUCGCCCUCUGCCGCCGCUGUUGAGAAGGAAGUGCCGCCGGCGCCGACACCGCCGGGGUCGCAGAAUAUGCUGGGCGGCCGUCAGUACUGGCUGCCAAUGCCGCCAGACACGCCGACCGCGCCGCCGGUGGACGAGCGGCGCAGCUUCGUGCAGCGUCUACGCCAGAGUCCCGAGCUGUCCCGUCGGCCGCCGCCGGCCGCCCGGAAGCCGGCGGCGCCGCUGGAGCCCGGUCUGGAGCACCAGUUCCUGCGGCCGGCGCUGCCCUCGCCGCACCGGGCUACCCCCCGCGCCGCUGCCUCCCCACAAUCCAUCUUCGACACGCCUCGUCGACCGGCCGUCGAGCCGGCGUCGCCGCAGCGGCCGCCGGCAGGCAGCCCGAGCCGCGCAGUCCCGCAGCAGACCGCUCCGUCCACCCCGCGCGCUGCGGCACCCGCCGCCGAGCCCACCACGCCCGUUCGUCCGGCGGCCGCCGCGGCUGGCGACGCGCCCAGAUCCAUGGCCGCCUUCUUCACCAGCCCCGAGACGGACGUCGGGGAGAUGGACUCGAGUUUCUCGCUGUUCGGCGGCCCGCCGGGAGGCAAGGCGGCCUCCCCGCAGCCGCCGCCGCCGUCAGGUAUGUCGCUAUUUGGAGCUGGUGAUGUCGGCGGGGACGGCGAUCAGGGAGCUGACGACUUCAGCUUCAGCUUCUUUGGAGGAGGCUCCUCAGACGCCGAGAAAGAAACCUCUGGUGGCGGUGGAGGCGUUUUCAACUUCUUCUGAAUUAGCCCUGACGGCAGUUCGUAUUUUCGUGGAAAGUUAUCAUGUUUGGCGCUGUUCGCCGUUUUCGUGUUUGUGAUGUGAUUGGUCAGCGUUGCCGUGUAUGUUGACUGUUGAGGUACAAUUCGUGUUACAGUUGUGAUCACGGUAGUGUUCAUGCAAUCGUGUUAAGUGAUAGUAAUAGUGUAUCUCUUGAUUGGUGCUGAUUAUAAAUCGUUCAACACCCACGCACAAAAAAGAA